AACUACCCUCAGUCCUCGGCAUCUGCAAGUGACGGUUCCAUCCAAACAAGAGGGGUAUGGCGGACACACCCGCCGCAGCUCAUUGGACAGUGCUCAGUGGAACGUCACGCGGAGAAGACCUUCUAGACCGCGCCGAUGAAUUAUAGAUGAAAGGGUUUGUGCAUAUUUGGCAACGCGACGCAAGCUCACAGCCUCUUCCGACAACAACAUUGCACCGUUCGGACCCUCCAACUUCAGCUGAUCCGCGUCCACCAGAGAGGACGCGAUGUAUCCCGCGAGCCGUUAAUUCAGGACUUGAAGCAGGAAUUCUUUUCUUGAAGCAUCCCAUUUGUAGAAGUAGAAUCCUUACCCCAUCGAGACACGAUGCUCGAAUUUAGCAGAAAGGGGGCAAUAGUCACCUUGAUACUGCUGAUCGUCACGGUUUCUGCUACUGCAUCUACAGAAGAAGGUAUUUUUACAAAUCAUUUUCUGGUUGAGUUGCAUGAACAGACUGAGGAUGAAGCCCACCAACUUGCAACGGAAAACGGGUUUGACAGUGCCCGAAAGCUCCCCUUCGCCAAGGACCUGUUCCACUUCUACCCCAAGGAUUUAACCCAAACCAGGAGGAGGCGCAGUCUUCAGCUCAGGCAGCGCCUGGAGAAGGACCACAGGGUGAAAAAUGUGAUUCAGCAGGAGGGAUUUUCUCGGACAAAGAGAGGAUACAGAGACCUCAAUGCCAUCGACACCAACAUGAACGACCCGCUGUUUUCCAAACAGUGGUACCUGAUUAACACCGGCCAGGCGGACGGCACCCCCGGCCUGGACCUCAACGUCGCCGAGGCUUGGGAGCUGGGCUACACCGGGAAAGGGGUAACCAUAGCGAUCAUGGACGACGGAAUCGACUAUUUACACCCGGAUCUCGCCUCAAAUUACAACGCCGACGCCAGCUUCGACUUCAGCAGCAACGACCCCUACCCUUACCCCCGCUACACGGACGACUGGUUCAACAGCCAUGGAACCAGGUGUGCUGGUGAGGUAUCAGCUGCAGCCAAUAACAACAUCUGUGGUGUGGGCGUCGCUUUCAAUUCAAAGGUGGCAGGCAUUCGGAUGCUGGACCAGCCCUUCAUGACGGACGUCAUCGAGGCCUCGUCCAUCAGCCACAUGCCGCAGGUCGUCGACAUCUACAGCGCCAGCUGGGGACCCACCGACGACGGCAAGACCGUGGACGGCCCCCGCGAGCUCACCCUGCAGGCCAUGGCCGACGGCGUCAACAAGGGCCGUGGCGGGAAGGGCAGCAUCUACGUCUGGGCCUCGGGCGACGGCGGCAGCUUCGACGACUGCAACUGCGACGGCUACGCCUCCAGCAUGUGGACCAUCUCCAUCAACUCCGCCAUCAACGACGGACGCACCGCCCUCUACGACGAGAGCUGCUCGUCCACGCUGGCCUCCACCUUCAGCAACGGCAGGAAGAGGAACCCCGAGGCGGGCGUGGCGACCACGGACCUGUACGGAAACUGCACGCUGCGUCACUCCGGAACGUCGGCGGCGGCGCCCGAGGCGGCUGGCGUUUUCGCCCUGGCGCUCGAGGCAAACCCGGACCUGACGUGGCGGGACAUGCAGCACCUGGCGGUGCUCACCUCCAAGCGGAACCAGCUGCACGACGAGGUGCACCAGUGGCGGCGCAACGGCGUGGGCCUGGAGUUCAACCACCUGUUCGGCUACGGCGUGCUGGACGCCGGCGGCAUGGCCAAGAUGGCCAAGGAGUGGAAGGCGGUUCCCGAACGUUUCCACUGCGUGGCCGGGUCCGUCCAGGAGCCCCGUAAGGUCGCGUCAGACGGAAAGCUGGUUCUGACCAUCGACACCGACGCCUGUCAGGGGAAGGACAACUUCGUGCGCUACCUGGAGCACGUCCAGGCCGUCGUCACCGUCAACGCCAGUCGCCGCGGUGACCUCAACAUCAACCUGACCUCGCCGGCGGGCACCAAGUCCAUCCUGCUGAGCCGGAGGCCCCGGGACGAGGACUCCAAGGUGGGCUUCGACAAGUGGCCCUUCAUGACCACCCACACCUGGGGCGAGGACCCGCGGGGCGCCUGGAUCCUGGAGGUGGGCUUCCGCGGCGACGCCCCCCAGCGCGGGGUCAUGAAGGAGUGGACCCUGAUGCUCCACGGGACCCAGAGCGCCCCCUACAUUGACCAAAUCGUGCGCGACUACCAGUCCAAACUGGCCAUGUCCAAAAAGCAGGAGCUGGAGGAGGAACUGGACGAGGCCGUGGAGAGGAGCCUGAAGAGCCUUCUGAGUAAAAGCUAGACGUCCGCAUGAUUGGACAACCCCCCCCCCCCCCCCCCCACCCCCAGUCCCUCACCCCCACCCCAACCGGCCUCCCGCCCCACCCACCUCUCGAUUACAAGUUCCUCCUGUUUGUAUGUGUUAGGCUCCCUCUGACGAUCGUGUGUUGUAGCCAGAUUAUAACGGUGUCAUUUCUUUAAAAAAAAGGAAAAAAAAAGAAAGAAACAAGAAACUCUUCUUUUCGGAUAAAAGGAAAAUCGGUUUUCUUUUUUCUUUUCUGUUUUAUUUUUACUCAUAUCAUAAAUAUAUAUAUAUAUAUAAAUAUAAAUAUAAAGGACAUAUCUUUUCCUGUAUGUUAUGUUUUUGCUGACCCAGACCCCCUGAAUGAAAAAGGAACCUACAGUUUGUGACUGUAAAUUAUGUUCUGUGUCAUUCCACUUAAAGUUUAAUAUCUUGCAAACAGAGGAGUGAUUUUUUUUGUUUGUUUCUUUUUUUUUUUUGCUAUAUUUUUUUGUGAUAAAUUUUGUUUACAUAAAAACGGAGAGGAACGUGUGAUCAAUUUUGUAGGGUGUGGUCUAAAACCGUAUGCUAUUCUCUUCAAUGGGACACAACACACAGCUAAUGAACACAUGAAACCAUUCAUGAAAAAUAGUAUUGACCUGUUAAAACACACAUGCCAAAACGGUUCCUACGCCCUCAGGGUUUUUUUUAAAUAAUAGAGUUGAUUUUAGAAAACGUAUAUUUUUAAUUAAAUCCAGAAAGCGGGUAAAGCAAAAUGCAUGUAAUAUGGAUCACGGAUGACCAUAUUGCCGAGGGAAGUGAAUAAGCGAAUUAGAAAGGCUCAAAAUACAUAUGAAAAAGACCAAUAAUGUAAAUACAUUUAUGAUGUAUGUAAUUCCAUCGGAUAUAUACCAAGAAUCCAUAAAUAUCUUUGAAACAUCA